GGUCCGCCUCGUGCUGGGAUUGGCUGGCCAAGAGCGAGCGCCCGUGCGGAUUGGCUGGCGAGGUUUUAGAGGGAGUCCCGCUGUCCAAUUAAAGCGGCUCCGCUGCGCUCGGCUGCUCACAGAGCUGCCCCCGGGCCCGCGAACUUGGCCAUUCAGUCUCCCCAGUGCUUGCUGCGCGCCCUCGCGCCUCUGCCUGAGAAGCCAGGCGCUGUGUCUCCACCCGAGAAGAAGAUGGCAAAGGUGGCUAAGGACCUCAACCCAGGAGUUAAAAAGAUGUCCCUGGGCCAGCUGCAGUCAGCAAGAGGCGUGGCAUGUUUGGGAUGCAAAGGGACGUGUCCGGGCUUCGAGCCACAUUCGUGGAGGAAAAUAUGCAAGUCUUGCAGAUGCAGUCAGGAAGACCACUGCCUCAGCUCCGACCUAGAAGAUGAUCGGAAAAUUGGUCGCUUGCUGAUGGACUCCAAGUAUUCCACCCUCACUGCCCGGGUGAAAGGCGGAGACGGCAUCCGGAUUUACAAGAGGAACCGAAUGAUCAUGACCAACCCCAUUGCCACUGGGAAGGAUCCUACCUUCGACACCAUCACCUAUGAGUGGGCUCCCCCUGGAGUCACCCAGAAACUGGGCCUGCAGUACAUGGAGCUCAUCCCCAAGGAGAAACAGCCAGUGACGGGCACCGAGGGCGCCUAUUACCGCCGCCGCCAGCUCAUGCACCAGCUCCCCAUGUAUGACCAAGACCCCGCUCGCUGCCGCGGACUUUCGGAGAAUGAGUUGAAAGUGAUGGAAGAAUUCGUCAAGCACUAUAAGAGUGAAGCCCUCGGCGUGGGAGAGGUGGCCCUCCCGGGGCAGGGUGGCUUGCCCAAGGAGGAGGGGAAGCAACAGGAAAAGCCAGAGGCCACAGAGACCGCUGCCCCAACCACCAACGGCAGCCUCGGAGACCCAUCCAAAGAAGUGGAAUACGUCUGUGAGCUCUGCAAGGGUGUCGUCCCUGUUGACAGCCCCGUGGUCUACGCAGACAGGGCAGGCUACAGUAAGCAGUGGCACCCGGUCUGCUUUGUGUGUGUCAAAUGCUCUGAGCCGCUGGUGGACCUCAUCUACUUCUGGAAGGACGGUGCGCCCUGGUGUGGCCGCCAUUACUGUGAGAGCCUGCGGCCCCGGUGCUCCGGCUGCGAUGAGAUAAUAUUCUCAGAGGACUACCAGCGUGUGGAAGACCUGGCCUGGCACCGCAAGCACUUUAUCUGCGAGGGCUGCGAGCAGCUGCUGAGCGGCCGGGCAUACAUCAUCACCAAGGGGCAGCUUCUGUGCCCAACUUGCAGCAAGUCCAAACGCUCCUGAACGGCUGCCCACCUGCAGCCAGAAUCCACAGGAUUCCACCAAGAAGGAGAGAGCCCGGCACGCUGGGCCAUCCUAAGCGUCUAACGCCAGAGCCAGUGAGCAGCAUAAAACAGUGAUUUGUUUGUCGGUGGAAAGACAUAUAAUAUAUUCUAGGUUAGGUGGUGGUGGAUCCUGGAGGGUCAGUAGUUUCAAAACCAGAAAUGUUCCAAGAAGUCUUAGGACGGAGUUCUUUUCUGGUUUUGUUGUUGUUUCCCAGCUGCACCCAACUAAAGACAUCCUGCAAGGCAUCCGGCAGGGGAGCUCAAGGAGGAAUUUCCCAGAAUGCAAUUCCGAGUGACCGCAUCACAUAGCUAUAGAAUGUGAGUGCCUUUCUGUGGACAUGGGAGCUCCUCCAAGAGCAGGCUGGGAUCCCAACUAUUGCUUGCUUCCUCUUUUUUCAAGUGGAAUUUGAAUUUUAAAUAAACAACCUUUUUUUGUGGCAUGAUAAACAUAUCAAUAAAAGUUUUGUGAAUUC